AUCAUUUCGGAAGCGCCACCACAUCUCAGUAGGACUGUAUCUCGCUGGAACUACCUGCUUACAGUGCUACGCACAGGAGUAGUCACCAGCGUUGCGCCUAUCACAAAGAACAGAGAGUGAGAGGAGCAGCCUCAACAUUAUAAACAAGCGUGAGCCAGCACGUGUACUACUUACGUCGUCCAGCUCGAGGGCGUCAACCCCAAGACCUCAUGGCCAUUUUCGCAAGAAAAUUCCCGUUCUUCCGCUCUGUCGUCCUCUUCUGCUGCACGUCACAAACAAUUCCCGCAGAACCGGAAGUAUUAAAAAGCGAUCUUCAUCACAGGAGCACGCUGCAAAAACAAUCGACCCAUCCGCGUGACCAUGUGGUCGUCGACGACGACAUAUUUCCCUCCUUCUGCGCCGUCAAUGACCGGGAGCAGCAGGAGUUGCAGAACCUCCUGCGAGCGUCGAAGGAAGAAGAAGUAGAACUGGAGCAUGCGAUUUUUCAAGAGGACGCUACCGGUGCAAAUAAGGGGGAUGAAAAUAAUUCUGGCGUAUUUACCCACCGUCAUCAUGACCCCGCAGCCAGCGGCGAGGACGACGAUCAUGAAAUGGAGCUCAAGCACUCCGAAUCCCCAAAAACGACCAUCACGACCCGGGGAAUUUUGGAGCUUGGCGAGUUUGAGGACUUGGAAGAGGGGGAGGAGAAUGAAGUAGGAAGGCUAGAAGACAUCGAUGAUGCCCACCAUGGGGGCGGAGUAGAUGAAAGCACAAGGCCGCUCGCCAAGAAUGAAAAACAUGCCCCGAGCAGUGCAGCUCCUGCACAGGUGGCCGAUGUUGAGACGCCUUCUAUUAGGCAGAAGAACACGUCGUCGUGGUCCACUAUCUCGUCCACUGAAGCAGGAGUAGAGCCCCCGAGAACUUCUGCUCCGCUUCCUCGACGCUAUUGCAGCCUCGACUUUGACGUGGUGGAGGGGGCGCAGGCGGAGAGGGUGAAGCAGGCCAUCGUUCUACUAGCGGGUCAGAUGAAACAAGUAGACAGAGGCCGGAGUCGUGGUCUGGACCCAAACUACCUCCAGGAAAACCUGGUAGAAGGAGCUGCAGCUGGUGACCUGGCAGACGAUUUCAUCCAUCCCAAAACUUUCUCCUGUUUGCUGGAAGCAAACUGUAUUCCGGUCAUCUGUGGCGGUGCUAAUACUGGCCGUUCUACUGCUGUCCCACAACAAGAACUCGGUGAAAAGAAGAACGUGAACGCAAGCCCAGACCACUUCUCGGGUAGCAGUACCACUGCUACUCCUGGGGGAGGCAAAGGACACAAUGAAAAUGCUGGUGCCCCUGUAGUUGCAUCUUCCCUUCUGUCAGUUGAUAUUAAAGAUACCAACGGACGAAAACUAGACAGCAGCGGCACUGCUUCGACGAACAACAUUUGUUUACAACAACCCGAAACAACUACGCCGUCCACUGCAUCCUCAGCAGGUAGCAGCGGUGAAAAAAAUCCGAGUUUCUCUAUGGCCUGCUCAAACGUUACAAUCUCAAGCGUUACAAUAGAAUCAGGGAUUUGUCCUGCAUGAUGAGCAUGACAGACUCGCAGAGCGUUCCACUUUCUGCAAUACAAAUCUCGCCAGAUUAUAGUGCGGUUUGGAGCUCCGAAACUUGUCAUGCGCAAUCCUGUGGGAAGAGGCUAGAUCAUGCACUCUUGCAUCACAGAUUUCCAUAUUCUAUUGUAACGUUUGAGAUUGUAACACCUGAGCAGGUUAUAUUCUCUUCAUCACGUUAUUCCUCGCCCUCCGAUAUUUCUUCGGGAGGCGAGGUCGCGGGUGACUUUGACAAAGACAACACACCGCCGAACGCAAGCUCGAAUAUUAACCCCGAGGAGCGCCUGCAGCAAGGGGGUAGCUGUACUACUAGUACGAGAGCAGCUUCUUCUGUCACAUCACUGAGUCCUCGUCGCCUGGACCCAAAGAACAACCUCCAGGAAAACCUGGUAGAAGGACCUGCAGAUGGUGAACAACACACCCACACCACCGCAUGUGCAUCCCAACUGUCGCUGGGAAUAAAUGCGCACCACGACGAGGACUUCGCUUCUCCAGACCGUGACCGCUUCGGUCUUCCGCCGCCAAGAGUAGUAGAAGAAGCGGAUGGUGGUGGUCCAGGUAAUGAUGAAAAGACGAAUCCCUCCAGUGUAGUUCAACGUCUUGGGCGCCGUGCAGACUACAUCAAUGCAGAUGCUGCACAAGAAGAGCCAUUUGCUUGUCGCUUCAGCUUCGUUUUAACGGAUGAACACAUUGGCACGCGCAAUCUUAUCCAUCCCAAAACUUUCUCCUGUUUGCUGGAAGCAAACUGUAUUCCGGU